UACCUACAAUCUCGUAUCAAUACCGGACAAAACGACAUGAAGACAACAAUGGCCGAGUUGAAUGUUGCCCUGAUUGUUAUCGUAUGUGCAAUUUCAACUGGUGCACGCGCUAUACAGAAUCCAUUCACUGAUAAAUUUAUCAAUCAGAUUAAUUCACGCCAGAACUCCUGGAAAGCUGGCAGAAAUUUCCCAUUGCAUACCUCAAACAAAUUUAUUAAGAACCUAGCUGGAACUAUAAAAGACGCAUACUUACCGAAACUCCCACAGAUGAAACAUGGUGAUGAACUUAUUGGGAGUCUUCCCGAUAAUUUUGAUCCGAGAGAAAGGUGGCCGAAUUGUCCCUCGCUAAACGACAUCAGAGAUCAAGGAGCAUGCGCUAGUUGCUGGGCGUUUGGCGCUGUAGAAGCAAUGACAGAUAGAUACUGCAUUCAUUCAAAUGGCACAAAACAAUUUCAUUUCUCUGCCCAAGAUCUUAUAAAUUGUUGUGAGACUUGCGGGCUAGGGUGCAUCAGGGGUGUGCACACCGCGGCAUGGUUAUACUGGAAGCAAGUCGGGCUUGUUUCAGGAGGGAACUACAAAACAAAUGAUGGUUGCAAAUCUUAUAAAAUACCACCAGGUCUUAAUGGAACGAGUAACGCACCUUACUUCAAGGAAACGGUUGAUGCAUCACAAUGUGUCACUACCUGCGAUUCCAACGACAUCGACUAUAGUCAAAAUAAACGUCAUGGUAAGAACGCUUAUUCAAUAGAUUACAAUGAAGACCAAAUAAAAUUGGAAUUAUUUAAAAACGGACCACUUGAAGGUGUAAUGGCAGUUUAUACAGAUUUUCUGAGUUACAAAACAGGGGUGUACAAUCAAACUCAAGGACAUAUACUUGGACAUCAUGCAGUUAAGAUUUUAGGUUGGGGAGUGGAAAACGGCCACAAAUAUUGGCUCGUUGCAAACUCUUGGAACCAACAUUGGGGUGAUGAAGGAUUCUUUAAAAUUCUACGUGGAGUGAAUCACUGCGGCAUUGAAGAUUCUGUUGUAGCCGGCGAACCAAUUAUAGUUUAAAUAUACUUUUUAAACAGUGUAUGAUGUAUUUUAAGAAUGAGAUCCUGAUGAUUAAACUGAAAUCAAACGUA